AUGUUGGAACUCGACAAGCUCGACGUUGCCCGCGUUUCGUGGCUCCAGUCACUCGUAUCACAUCGAAUUGUGCCUGUCGCCUUCGCAAAGCACCUCUACAAACGCUGCUGCACCAUUGUCAAUGCAACUUACAAUGAAGAAGCCUACCGCGCAAUGUUUGACGAGGCGGCCAAGCACCUGUCUAGUGUCGAUCUCGAGCUGCGUACCUUCCGCGACCAACAAUCUGGGCAGACAAUGCUCGCGCUCGUCAACACCAAAGCCGACACGCUAAUCCAAGGCGCAACCCGAUACUCGGCACCCGAGAUCGCCUUCAUCAAGAAGCUGAUCGAGGAAAUCUUCAAAGCGAGAAGAGAGGCAUAUGCAAUCGCAUCUCUGGAAGCGGUCAGGCUAGGAAGCAAGCUGAGGACGCACUUGACUAGGGAUGCGACCGAAGAGCUGUUGAAGAACCUCGUGGAUCAUAGGUGGAUCGACUAUUCAACAGAAGGCAUCUACACGCUCUCAACACGGUCGCUUCUAGAGUUGCGCAACUAUCUCCAGAACGAGUUCGGCGAAGAGUACUGCCAUACCUGCUCGCACUGCAAGGACCUUGUCACGCUCGGCAUCGGCUGCGUCAACAUCUCACGCGGCUGCACAACGCGUUAUCAUCUUCACUGCGCACGCAGCACUAUCGGCUCGGCCGUAGAUGACGACGAUGCUCUGCAUCGAUUGGCUGGAUUCUCGUGCCACAACUGCAUGCGAACAUGGAAAUCGCGCCCGAUCGGGCCGAGGGCGCUAAAGCUCAGCACUGGUGGAGAUCAUGAUGGUGUGCUAAGCCCUCAGCGUGAGCGCUCUGGAAGGGAGUCGCCGCGACGUCGGCAAACAAGCCACGCUUCGGAAGAGCAGCAGGAGGAGGCAGAGGAGGAUCAAGAGGAGGUGCUUGCCACACAGCAACAGAAUCGAGAAUCCAGAGAAUAUCCUGAGGACGAACAAGAGCACGAUGAACCAACACCGCCAAGCUCAACGCAACCCAAUCAGCAGCAGACGCCAUUACAGCAACGUUCUCGACGUCGGAAACAGGCCGACAAUGUCGAAGAAGACAGCGAUCAAGAGCUGGAUAUCACAUCCCGAAAACGGGCCCGUUGA